UUUCUUGCACUUACCAGAACUUUUGUUAGUUAUAAACAACAAUUCAAAAUGGUAGAAAGAGAGCAAAUGUACAGCAUUCCAGUAAUCCCGUUCGAUUUACGACGGGAUGAAACGAUCAUGCAGUUUGCGGACUCAUUAGAUUAUCUCUCUGGAGUUUCAGAUGACGUUUUUGCAAGAGUGAACAACAGAGUCGCGGAUAACAAAAAGAAACUUGAUGCUUUGAUGGACAGAAUUAAAACCGCUGAAGCGCGAAUCGAAAAAGUCCGGGGAAGUAACCGAGCGACGCAGGUUUUUUCUAGUUCGAAAUACCCAGCGACCGAAGAACGAGAGAGAUAUAUUUCAAUGUUCAAAGAUAUGCAAAGCUCAUUGAAGGAAGUCAAACAAAAUUAUCGAAAAAUAAAAACAAGGCAUUUAGCAUUUGAGGACGAAAAUUUAAAAAACAAGAUGCAAAUUUACAAUCUCCCUCGACCGAGAACCAAGUCGGCACCAUACGUCGAUCAAAGUGGGGAGGGACUUGGGGGAUUACCCUCAAAUAUUGCAUCCCUGAGUUCGCUAUUACUGUUCAACUCAUCCGAGAACCCGUAUAAGAAAUAUACCAUUUUCGAUCCUCUCGGUGUUACGACGAAAACCAAAACUGGUCUGGAUGAAGAGAAAGCAGAUGACAGUAGGCUCGGGGACGCACCAAUGUCAAUCAGCAAUAGAGAACAAAUGGAACGCCACGUUGCAGAGAAUUAUUUUUACGUUCCAGAUUUGGGGGAUGUACCAGAAAUCGACGUUCCGAUGGAUUUGCCUGAUUUACCUGGCGUUGCGGAUUUAACGUUCAGUUCGGACGUGAGCGAGAGUAUUGCUCCCUCGUUACUCGCAAUUAGUAACUUACCAGAUUUACCAGGUGUCGGAGAUGCGUUACCUGAUGUUCCAGAUAGUGGCAGUAAAGAGGAAACUCCGCCUCCUCCCCCACCUCCGAGUUCAAAUCCGCCACCCCCACCUCCUCCCCCGUCUGUUCCAAACACAUCAGCGCCACCUGCUGGAGUCCCGCCUCCACCCCCGCCCCCUCCACCACCUCCCCCCUCUGCUCCGAGCGCAGUUCCGGAAUCUGUUGCUACUCCUGAUGGUGGGCGCUCUAAUUUACUCGACUCGAUUCGCAAAGCUGGCGGUGUCGGAAAAGUGAAACUGAAGAGUAGCAAAGACCGAAAGCUUGCUAAAAAGAAAGAAAAAGAAGCGAAAGCUGCUGCGAGCUCGUCAGGCGGUGGCGAUAUGAUGUCUGAUCUAGCAAGCCGUCUCGCUAUGAGACGAAAAGGGAUUUCGGGAGCUAAGGGGGCGGGUGCGGAACGGCCUGCCUCAGCUAAUGAUAAUAAUAGUAACCUCGGAGGCGGUUCGGCGAUGGAGAAAAUAUCUGCGAUGAUUCCAGCGCCGACGCAAAGUCAAACCAUGGACGCAGGCGAUGAUGAUGACUGGAAUUAGAUAAUUUUUAUUUGAAGGGAGGAUUUAAUCCAAAAAUUUUUUUUUUAAAACUAUCAAAAUUUGUGUUUUUGAAGAAAAAAUGAGUAUGAAUAUAAGGUUUCAAAAUGAUUUCACUAAAAUCACUAAAAAUAAUGAAGCUUGAAUAUAGAUUUUUUAAAUGCAAAUGGUAAAUUUAAAAAAUUUGUAUCUUUUAAACAGAGACCCCCUGUCACUGAUGCAAAAAUGUGAGAUUUGAGUAAAUCACCACGCCACGUUUUUAAAAUCAAAUUGCUAAUUACACAGUUGGGGUAGGAAUUUUUUCAAUUUCCAGCGCAAUCUGCAUUUCUAACACUUACUGGAUAAUUGCUAAUUUUUUUAUUUUGAGAGGUGACUGGAUAAUUGCUAAU